CCAAACUGCGUUAGAUUGGCGACCGUAAUGCUGUGACGUCAUCUGGAUUCGUCCAUUGCGUGUAUUCAGCGCGACUGUCCCUUCAUGCGGGACAUGUGGAAAGAGAGGCAUGGCUGAAGCUGAGACUGCAGUGGGUUCCUCGGAACCUGCGCCCGCUGCGCCUGAGCCACCCGCUCUGCCUUGUCUUGUGCUCCCAUCAUUCUCUGAGGCCUGUGAGUUAGUGAGCUGCCGCUAUUCGUGCCUUGUGGUUGAAACUCAUAGGAGACAUUUAGCUCUUUCUCCCAAAUUCCUGCGGAAGAAGCGGAGUGGUAUCCAGGAACAGCUCAAUACUGAGUUGCUGAAGUACAGCGAGAGGCUGAACGGAGUUCCAGUUGCUUAUGACAAUAUAAAGUUGGUGGGAGAGCUGGGUGAUAUCUAUGAUGAUCUAGGACACAUUCAUAUAAAUGUUGAGGCAGACUUUGUCAUCUUUAAGCCAGACUGUGGACAGACACUUGUGGGUAUUGUCAACAAAGUUGCACCCACUCAUAUAGGCUGUUUGGUACAUGGCUGCUUCAACGCUUCUAUACCCAAGCCUCCCAAGAUGCCCAUUGAAAAUUGGCUGCGUAUUGGUGUUAAAAUAGACGACGAGAUAGAGUUUGAAGUAUUCCGUUUAGAUUCAGAUGCCAUUGGUGUAUUUUGUAUACGUGGACGACUAGAUGAGAGCAUGGAGGCCAAAGCUUAUGAAACCUCAUGUGAAGAGACGGCUGAGCAGACUGAUGGUGGAACAUCUGAUAAAGAUGCAGAUGCCCUUGAGAACUCAAAUAUGGAAUCCAGCAUCCAAACAAAUGGUGAUGUCCAGGACAAAUCAAAGAAAAAACACAAGAAACAGAAAUUGCGAGAGUCGCUUACACAGGAAGCUGAGAGCACAGGUGAUAAUUCUAUAGUUGCAGAUCCAGAUCUAGAAAAUCCUGUAGAAUUAAAUGUAGAAACUCCGAAAAAAGAGCGCAAGAAAAAGAAACAUAAGAAUGUUCUUGGGCAGAAUAGUGAAUCUGAUGCUGAGAAAGGUUUAGACAGCACAAGCUUUGAAGAAAGCAUUAAUACAGAAUCGCCAGUUAUUUUAACUGAGACCAAACCAAAAAAAUCCAAGAAGAAGGGUAAGGAGAUUCUUCAUUCUAAUGAUACUGCCUCUGGUUUUCUCAAUGGAGUAGUUGAAAAUGAAAGUUUUUCCGAAAGUCCUGCUCUUGAACCAGAAGAAAUGACAGCAAGUGGAGGUGUCCCAGACAAGUUUAAGAAAAAACACAAGCGCUCUAACGUGGAACAGAACCCCAACAGUAACCUUGUCAGUUGUGUCUCAUCUGAAGAAUCUCUCACCGAAGGUCUCGCUGUAUCUCAGGAAACACCGAAGGCAAAAAAGCAUAAGUCAAAACAUCAAGAACAUUUGCUGCCUGGGAGUUCCCAAAGCAAGCACAAAACAGCAAAAAGACAGCAUGAAGAAGAUGAUCAAGACAUUUUGGCUUUAGAACCCAAGAUCAAAAAGAAACAUAAAAAAUGACAUUUAUGUUUUUAAAAAAAAAAAAAAAAUACUGUAAAUUUGUAUUUUCUUAAGCAAAGAGUGUAUUUUAGUCAUGUAUAUUCAAAUGUAAAAAAUUGGAAAUGUAAAAGUCAAAAUCUAAGUAUUAUAAGUUCCACCAAUUUG